AGAGAAGGGAGUUGACGUAAUCUCUUCUCCGGUUAAAUCAAGGCAAUCUAUCAAUUCUCCUCUUCGCUUGUGUUGCAGAUGGACGUCCUCUAACUCUGUCUCUCUAUCUCUAUCUACUGGAGAAAUAUAAACUCAUUAUAAGGAGGCGCCGGGUUGCAUAUCAUAGGUCCAAUCCGGCGGAGGAUACAAUAAUGGGUGGACUUUACAACAGUUUUCGUGCUCGAUUUUGAUAGAAAAACACAUCUUUGACGGCCGUUAGCACAAUUUUUAGUCCUCAUCACUGUCUUAUAUGGUGUUAUCUUGGUGGUGGAGUCUCUAAACGAAGGAUAUACAAGGAAUCAUACUAGGAGACACUCCUGAACCACAAACAUGUCUGGGGCGUCUGUAAAAGUCGCCGUUCGAUGCCGGCCCUUCAACUCCAGGGAGAUUGGCAAAGAGUCAAAAUGUAUCAUUCAGAUGCAAGGCAACACUACAACUAUUCUCAACCCUAAAGCCCCAAAGGAACCAGCAAAGACCUUCAGUUUUGAUUACUCCUACUGGUCGCACACCACGCCGGAAGACCCCAGCUUUGCAUCACAGAACCUUGUGUUCAAUGAUAUUGGCAAGGAAAUGCUGGCGCAUGCCUUUGAGGGCUACAACGUCUGCAUCUUUGCUUAUGGCCAGACGGGAUCUGGCAAAUCCUACACCAUGAUGGGCAAGCAGGAGGAGGGGCAGGAAGGAAUCAUUCCCAUGCUCUGUGAAGAUCUAUUUGAGAAAAUCAAUGAAGACAACAACAAAGAGAAGCUCUCCUACUCAGUAGAGGUCAGUUACAUGGAGAUCUACUGCGAGCGGGUGCGAGAUUUGCUAAACCCCAAGAACAAAGGGAAUUUACGAGUGCGAGAGCAUCCGCUGCUGGGUCCCUACGUGGAGGACCUGUCCAAGUUAGCCGUCACCUCCUACACAGACAUCGCUGACCUGAUGGAUGCGGGCAACAAGGCCAGAACUGUUGCUGCCACCAACAUGAAUGAGACCAGCAGCAGGUCCCACGCUGUUUUCACCAUCGUCUUCACACAGAAGAAACACGACAGCGAAACAGAUCUCUCCACAGAAAAGGUCAGUAAAAUUAGCCUGGUAGACUUGGCAGGGAGCGAACGAGCAGAUUCCACUGGAGCUACGGGCACCAGGCUAAAGGAAGGAGCAAACAUCAACAAAUCCCUCACCACGUUAGGAAAGGUUAUCUCCGCCUUGGCUGAAGUGACACAGGAUAACUGUACCAGCAAGAGCAAGAAGAAGAAGAAGACUGACUUCAUCCCGUACAGAGACUCUGUUCUGACAUGGCUGCUGAGGGAGAACCUCGGUGGAAACUCAAGAACAGCCAUGGUUGCUGCCCUCAGUCCUGCAGAUAUCAACUAUGAUGAAACUCUCAGCACGCUCCGCUAUGCUGACCGAGCUAAGAACAUCAAAUGCAAUGCCAUCAUCAAUGAGGAUCCCAACAACAAGCUGGUGCGUGACCUGAAGGAUGAAGUGGCUCGACUGAAGGAGCUGCUCCGUGCCCAGGGCCUGGGAGACAUCCUCGACAUCGAUCCUAUGGGGGAUGAUUGCCCAGGAAGUGGAAUCAAAUACCUCAAAGACAUUCAGAACAAUAAGCAUAGAUACUUGAUAGCCUCAGAGAACCAACGCCCUGGCCAUUUCUCCACAGCCCCUAUUGGUUCCCUGACAGCUUCUCCAUCCUCUGGCACGCUGUGCAGCCAGGGGGGCCUCCAGUCGGUCACCAGCAUCCAGGAGCGCAUCAUGUCCACCCCUGGAGGAGAGGAGGCUAUCGAAAGACUCAAGGAAUCAGAAAAGAUCAUUGCCGAGCUCAAUGAAACCUGGGAAGAGAAACUGCGAAAGACGGAGGCAAUUCGCAUGGAGAGGGAGGCCUUGCUUGCAGAGAUGGGAGUGGCAAUCCGUGAAGAUGGAGGCACUUUGGGGGUCUUCUCUCCUAAAAAGACUCCACACCUGGUUAACCUGAACGAGGAUCCUCUCAUGUCAGAGUGUCUGCUCUACUACAUCAAAGACGGAAUUACAAGGGUGGGUCAGGCUGAUGCUGAAAGACGACAGGACAUCGUUUUAAGUGGUGCGCACAUCAAGGAAGAGCACUGCAUCUUCCGCAGCGAGAGGAAUGCCAAUGGAAAUGUCAUCGUCAUGCUGGUGCCCUGCGAGGGAUCAGAAACCUACGUCAACGGCAAGCGUGUUGAGGAUUCAAUCCAACUUCGUUCAGGUAACCGCAUCAUUAUGGGAAAGAACCACGUGUUCCGGUUCAACCACCCGGAACAGGCCCGAGCUGAAAGGGAGGAGAAGACGCCGACUGCCGAAACCCCCGUGGAGCCGGUGGAUUGGACCUUUGCUCAGAGGGAGCUCCUGGAGAAGCAGGGCAUCGACAUGAAGCAGGAGAUGGAGAAAAGGCUCACUGAGAUGGAAAUCUUGUACAAGAAGGAGAAGGAGGAAGCAGACCAACUUCUGGAGCAACAGCGACUGGUGUACGAGAGCAAAUUGCAGGAACUCCAGAAACAGGUGGAGACUAUUUCUCUGGUGGCCGAGACGCCUGAUGAAGAAGAGUUGGAGGAGGAGGAGGAAGAGGAAGAGCCUAAACUUCAGGGAUUGCCGUGGACUCAGCACGAGUUUGAGUUGGCUCAGUGGGGUUUCAGGAAGUGGAGGUACCAUCAGUUCACCUCCCUCCGUGACCAGCUGUGGGGAAACGCCGUCUACCUGAAGGAGGCCAACGCGAUUAGUGUGGAGCUAAAGAAGAAAGUCCAGUUCCAGUUUGUCCUGCUGACAGACACCCUGUACUCUCCGCUGCCCCCUGAGCUCCUGUCGCCAGAGCCGGAGAAAGAGCGCGACUCCCGGCCGUUCCCUCGCACCGUGGUUGCCGUGGAAGUUCAGGACCUGAAGAACGGAGCCACGCACUACUGGUCCCUUGAUAAACUCAAGCAGCGGUUGGACCAGAUGAGAGAGAUGUACGACCGAGCUGGAGAAAUGGCCUCCGCAAACCAGGAGGACGGCGAGGGCACUCUGACAGGGAACGACCCCUUCUAUGACCGCUUCCAUUGGUUUAAACUUGUGGGGAGCUCCCCCAUCUUCAAUGGAUGUGUUAACGAACGCCUGGCCGACCGCACGCCCUCGCCCACCUUCUCCACCACCGACUCGGAGAUCACCGAGCUGGCGGACGAGCGCCAGAGCGAGAUGUCCGACUUGAUCGACGACGAGGCUUUUGUGGACGACACCAGCUCGGACGCCGGCACCGAAGAGGGCUCGGACAUCUUCAGCGACGGCCAGGACCCCUUCUACGACCGCUCCCCCUGGUUCAUCCUGGUGGGAAGAGCGUUCGUGUACCUGAGCAACCUGCUGUACCCUGUGCCACUGGUGCACCGUGUUGCCAUAGUAACAGAGAAGGGCGAGGUGCGUGGUUUCCUGCGCGUGGGGGUCCAGGCUAUAGCUGCUGACGAGGAGGCCCCAGACUACGGGUCAGGAGUUAGACAGUCGGGAACCGCCAAGAUUUCCUUUGAUGAUGAGUACUUCAAAAAGAAUGACUUUCCCGCCACGGUCAUGACCCGCUCCGGCUUGUCCAUGGAAGAGCUGCGCAUUGUGGAGGGUCAGGGUCAGAGUUCAGAGGUCAACACACCCUCAGAGGAGCUCAACAGAAUCAAUGACAUGGACCUCAAGCUGGCUAACAUCGCAGACACCAAGCUGAGCUGUGGCGACGGUCUGGCAGGCCAGCUGGAGGUGGGCAGCAUCUUUACCUUCCGUGUUACGGUGCUCCAGGCCAGUGGCGUCCCGCCGGAGUACGCAGACAUCUUCUGCCAAUUCAAUUUUAUGCAUCGUCAUGACGAGGCUUUUUCCACGGAGCCUCUGAAGAACACCGGCAAAGGAUCACCUCUGGGCUUCUACCACGUCCAGAACAUAUCGGUUGAGGUCACAGAGUCCUUCAUCGAGUACAUCAAGAGCAAGCCCAUCGUGUUCGAAGUGUUCGGCCACUACCAGCAGCACCCGCUGCACCUCCACGGCCAAGACCUGAUUAGGUUGGUCCCGUUAAUAGAUCCUCCAACACCGUCAAGGAAAUACUACCCUAUCCCCAUGCCUCUGUCUAGACCAGUUCCAGCCACCAAGUUGAACACCAUCACCAAGUCCAACCUGGGUCAGUGCGUCAGCAAGUACGACCUGCUGGUCUGGUUUGAGAUCAGCGAGCUGGAGCCCACCGGAGAGUACAUCCCAGCUGUAGUGGAUCACAGCGGAGGACUGCCCUGCAACGGCACCUACCUGCUGCACCAGGGGAUCCAGCGGAGGAUCACCGUGACUCUCAUCCAUGAGAAGGGAAGCGAACUCCACUGGAAGGACGUUCGCGAGCUGGUCGUGGGUCGCAUCAGGAGCAAGACUGAAGUGGACGAUAGCGCCGCUGACGCCGUCCUGUCCCUCAACAUCAUUUCUGCAAAGAACAUCAAGUCGUCCCACAACUCCAACAGGACUUUCUACCGCUUCGAGGCAGUGUGGGACAGCUCCCUGCACAACUCCCUCCUGCUUAACCGAGUCACUCCGUACGGAGAGAAGAUCUUCAUGACCCUGUCUGCAUAUCUGGAGCUGGACCAUUGCAUCCAGCCGGCUAUUAUUACCAAAGACAUCUGCAUGGUCUUCUACUCCCGAGACGCAAAGAUCUCCCCUCCCCGUUCCCUCAGGAACCUCUUUGGGAGCGGAUACUCCAAAACCCCCGACUGCAAUCGAGUCACUGGCAUCUACGAGCUGAGCUUGUGCAAGAUGUCUGACACAGGAAGUCCAGGGAUGCAGCGGAGGAGGAGGAAGAUCCUGGACACGUCGGUGGCUUAUGUGCGUGGAGAGGAGAACCUGGCCGGCUGGAGGCCCAGAGGAGACAGUCUCAUCGUGGAGCACCAGUGGGAGCUGGAGAAGAUGGAGCAGCUGCAUGAGGUGGAGAAGACCCGUCACCUGCUCCUGCUGAGGGAGAAGCUGGUCGACGACGCUCCGGUGGGAACGGCUCCCACUACCAAGUCCCUGAGCGAGCUGCUGUCCCCCAGCAUGAGCACCGGCAGCCUGUCCACCUCCACCUCCAUCUCCUCGCAGAUCUCCAGCACCACCUUCGAGAGCGCCAUCACGCCCAGCGAGAGCAGCGGCUACGACUCGGCCGACAUCGAGAGCCUGGUGGAUCGUGAGAAGGAGCUGGCCACUAAGUGCCUGCGCCUCCUGACACACACCUUCAACAGUGAAUAUAACCAAGUGGUCAACAGUAUCAGCGACUGCAAGCUGUCUGACAUCUCACCGAUGGGACGUGACCCAUCAGUGACCAGCUUCAGCAGCGCCACCCUCACCCCCUCCUCCACCUGCCCUUCUCUGGCUGACUCCCGCUGUGGCUCCAUAGACCAGAAGACUCCAGAGAACAGCUCCCGUGCCUCCAGUCCCUCCUGCUCAGACUAUGAAAACUUCCCGAUGGUUCCCAGUCUGGAGACCUCCUACCUUGCACGGGCCGGAAAGAACGAGUUCCUCAACUUGGUGCCUGAUAUCGAAGAAAUGAGGCCAGGAUCGGUAGUUUCCAAGAAAGGUGUCCUGAGCUUCAUGGAGCCGCGCUCCAACUCGUGGGUGAAGCACUACGUGGUCGUGCGUCGGCCCUACGUCUUCAUCUACAACAGCGACAAGGACCCGGUGGAGCGGGGAGUCCUCAACCUCUCCACAGCCCAGGUGGAAUACAGCGAAGACCAGCAGGCCAUGCUCAAGACUCCUAACACGUUUGCUGUGUGCACAAAACAUCGAGGAAUCCUCCUGCAGGCCAACAACGAGAAAGACAUGAACGACUGGCUGUAUGCUUUUAACCCCCUGCUAGCGGGAACGAUAAGAUCCAAGCUGGCGAGGAGGCGCAGCGGCCUUAUGAAGAACUGAGUGGGUCGACCGACCGACCGGCACGCAGUAAACCACGGCUUCCAUUGUUUCUGGAAAGCCUUUUGAACAUACAACAAGUGUUAACACUUAUUAAUCAUUGUGAUUCUUGACAGUUUUCUCUUGUAAGUAGACUUGUGGCUUAAGUCUCCUUUCAUGCGACUAAAAGUUUCAGUUUCCAGAGAAAUUUGCCUCCCCCUCUCCCUCCGACAACCCUCUGCCAACUUAGCUUUCCUCCUCUCUAUUUCUCUUCCCUUCUUCCUCCUCCUCCUCCUCCUCCUCCUCAGCUUUUUGUGUUUUUGUUUUUAUGACAAUGUUUGGGUCUAAUUUUGUUCCGCUUUGUUGUCAUUCCCUAACUCCCUAACUAGUAGCAUGUCGUAAUAGUCUACUUGUGUGUGCACGAUUCUUCAGAAAAACUGUUCUUUCUGGCCACUAAUUUUCCGUUUGCCAAUCAUCUGUAAAGAAAUUGUCUCUAUCAGUGUUAUUUGUCUCCCGAGAAGAGUUCAAAUUUUAUUUUUUGUUUUUUUAUUAUUAAUAUGCCCGCAUGAUGACUGCAGCAGUCCUCAGGAGAAGGAAGGUUUGCUUACUAAAAAAAAAAUUAAAAUCCGAUAACGUACAGUUGAAACCAUGAAGGGAAAAUAUAGAAAUAUCUCCAAGUGACGUAUCAGUUUACAUUCUGCUACAGAAGGCAAGGCUACUUCAAGAUUUAUUGCUGCUAAUGAAUUCGUAGGUUUUUUUCAUGAGAUUUGCGUCAGGCCGCCGCCGCCGCCGCCUCUAGCUCCCCCCCGCUCUGCCGUCUUUUAGAAACAACAUGUUAAGUCUGAAAAAUGUGUCCCAACUCAGCGAGACCUGAGGAGGGCCAUCCAUGUGACAUUUAGAUCCCCGCUCCUCAGUCCGUGCACAUUCACCAACGCCAACCCCCCGAUAGUGCCGUCAGUCCAGCGAUUGCUUACAAUCAUGCAUUUGUGUCAACAUCAAAAAAAUACAUGCAGAUUAUUUCAUAUCUCAGCAGUGAAAACGUGACGAUGGAUUGUUUCCCGCAGGAGUAGAUAUUAGUCCUUUUUGCUAUUUCAUCUCAAGAAAAAAACAGGGUUUCAAGGAGAGGAGGAAGAGGAAGAGGAGGAGGAAGACGGUAGAGAGAAUAUGAUUUGUACAUACAGUCUGUUCUGGGAUCAGUGUGGUAGUUAACUCUCAUUUAAGACAUUCCUCUCAGCUCCUCUAGCGGCUUUUCUUACUAAGAUGUUGAGCUUCAGACCCCCGAGAGAGAGAGAGAGACUCAACAUUUGCUAAUGUUUAGUUUAAACCGUUGCGUACGCGUGACACCGAAGAAGAAAGAGAAUGAAGUUGCAAUGCUCCAGCCUUGACGCCGGUAGAUAGUUGACGAAGCUGCUAGCAUGCAGGACGGAUGAACAAAUAGACUCCCCUCACUUUCACGAUAGUGUCGGGUAAAAUCUCUAAAGAAUUGAGGCACCAUGUGUUCAUUUUUCUAUUUGUGUUCUUGAAUUGAAACUCAUCUAACUCCCAUUGGGUUCUGUUUUUUAUUAUUAUUAUUAUUAUUAACAUUGUUUUUUUCUAUUACAGUAUGCUUUUUAAUCAUUCCACAGUGACGUUUUUGUACAAAAUUGUAACAGAGGGCAUUUAUUUCUUAAGUUGUAAUUGGUGUUUAACCUUUUAUUUUGCACAUUAACACAUCUCUAUAGCAAGAUGAGGGCAGAUCACACAUGUCGAGUAUCAGGAACACUGAUAAGAGCACAUAUCAAGGCUACACUGGAUAGCUGUUUAUUAAGAAAGAAAGAAAGAAAGAAGAGAUAUUAAAGGGAUGACAUAUUCUCAAAAGGUUUUAUUUCUGGUAUGAAAAUAUUUGCUCUGUACGACGUACUAUAGCUGCUACUGAUAAAUAAAUGAUACCUCUGUUUCUUCAAAUGGUGGAAUAAGUCCAGACGGGCGUUAAAAAGCUCUGGCCAACCAACCAGUAGUUUGCCUACUAGAAAGAGACAUUAUGGUUGAAGGUGUUGAAACAGAGGUAGCCAUCGCCUGUUACAAAUAUUAGUGGAAUUAUUGGUGACAUAUCUUUUAAUGUAUGCUGACGUAAAAAACAUUUGCCUCAGAAGUCAGAAUGCGUCACUGACCUCGGGUCAGCCAACCUGCUGGCCAGAAAAACAAAAAGGCUCAACAAAAAGUCUCAGAGAAAAAUAUAAAAAUAAUGAAAAAGCAUCUAUGCACUGAUGAAGGCUCCAAGUGCAACACGUUAACCUCAGCGUACCAUGUUGAGACAUCGAUACGAAGACCUGUCAGAGCAAACAUUUUCACUUCACUGACUAAUUUGCAGAGGUAUAUAUUAUUUUGUAUUUAUUUGUUUGCAAUGUAUAUAAUAGUUUGCAGCUCUUUGCACAUUAAUAAAAGGUUCAACUAACUGAUCAAAUAAAGUCUGUUGCGGUUUAGUUGUUGUACUCAAGAGUGAACCAAAUGAACUGGGAGAGCGUUGAAUGUACUAUGAAGAUGUUUUUUUUUUUCCAUCGUUUUAAAAACAAAAAAAGAAGUAAAAUGUAAGUGCAUCUUUUUCAGGGGAGGUGAGUUACAUUUCUCUUUAUUAGAAUUGAAAGAAAGUUUGCUUUUGAUUUGAAGAAUAUUUACUCACUACUCAUGCUAGAACAGCCACUUGAAUUAUAACAAAAUAAAGGUGGUUUUUAACUCUUUUUUUUUUCUAAUAUCAGGGAAUAUAAUACAAAGUAGCUAUAGUGACAUCUAAAAUGACAGUAUACUAUUGUUGUGCUGGUGUCUUUCUUCACCUCAACACUUUUUUCUUUUCCGUUGAUGCCUUUCAAAACAAAACUAGCCAUGAUAUUUCCCCAUCUUCCCCCUCUGACAAUUAAAUAUCUGCGUUUCCCUUUGUCACCAAAAAAAAAAAGACAAACCACAACAUUACCACUGUACAUUAUUUGUCAGACUGGUUUCAUUUUCAUACUUAUUUUGUAAAUAUCUGUGUUGUAUGGAGCUUGAAUUAAAAUGUAAAUAUGUUUACUGUAUUUGUAAUAAUUAUAAUCCAUUCGCUGUAUAGCAUAGAUGUGUCAUGCAGAUAUCCUAAUUCUGUGUUAUGGUAAUCUUGCACCAUUGAACUGUUGUAGUGAAUGAGGCAACAAUAAAAGUGCAAACUGUGCAUUAGCAGAACAA